AUGCGAGGAGGGGCAAAGGAGGAGGAAAAAGAAGAGCUUUUACAAUUAGAAAUACCGUGCAACAUUGAAUAUGUGAGAAUAGGAGAUUGUCAAGGGUUAGAGAGAUUAUCAAAAACCUUUCACAACCUUACAUGUCUCACAAACUUAGAGAUCGUAAAGUGCCCGAAAUUGGUUUCACUUUCAACGGACAACUUGCCUCCAACACUUAGGACUUUGUGCAUUUUGAGUUGUGAGAAUUUGGAAUGUUUUCUGGAGGACAAGGAGAAUAUCAAUUUCAGUAGCACAUCUCUUCUUCAAUCUCUUGAAAUUAGAGAAUGCGAAGCUCUAAAAUCAUUAGCAUGGAGUGGUAAGUUACCCGUGCAGCUUAAGAAGUUGGAUGUUUUACUGUGUCCAGAGCUUGAAUGUUUAGCACGGGAAAUUGGGGAUAAUACUUGUCUUGAAUCUAUUUCACUCUGGGGCUGUAGAAAUAUUAAACAUUUACCCCAAGGACUGGACAAACUCAGUCGUCUUCAACAUAUUUGUCUAUGGGAUUGUCCAAAUCUUGUUCGUCUCCCAGAAGCUCUGCCCAACCUCCACCAUCUUCAAGUGUUAAUCAUAUGGGCAUGUCCAAGGGUGCAAAAUUCCAUCGGAGAAAGGGGUUUCCCUACCAACCUAACUUCCCUUUCCAUUGAUGACCCCAAUAUUAGUAAGGCAGUAAUGGAAUGGGGAUUGCAUAGACUCACCUUUCUUACAUAUCUCCACAUUAAUGGUAGUAAUUGCACAGAUGCGGCGUCGUUUUCUCAAGAGGAGAUUGGAAUGAAGCUGCCCCCUUCUCUGAUCGAUCUUACUAUCGGCAAUUUCAAAAAUGUAAGAAAGCUAUCCUCCAACGGCUUUCAAAACCUCACCUCUCUUCAAUCUUUGGUGAUGUACGGUUGCCCAAAGCUCAAAUCCAUUCCCCGAAAGGAAAUGCUUCCCUCGCUUUCGCAGCUAACUAUUUGGGACUGUCCGGUGCUAAAGAAAAGAGAUUGA